UCCACUCGACUCUUUAAGACGACGAGUUGCCCCCCUCUACUUCCGUCCCUUCCCUUCUUCGUCGCCCUCGCUGCAUUCUCUCUGCUCGAUCACCAUCACAACCAGACAGCAUGUCCAUGUCGAGCGGCGGCGACCUGCCGUCCACGUCGAGGCCGCCGCCGGCAGAAUUACAGCCAUACUCCGAGGAGGGAUCCUCAAUCGAGGACGAGGAGAGUGAGCUCGUGCCAGACUCCCUCGCGCCCAUCGUCCCCAUUCUCCGUGCGGCCAUAGAGAUCGAGGAGGAGAACCCGCGCGUCGCAUACCUAUGCCGGUCUAGUGCAUACGAGAAGGCGCACAAGAUGGAUCCAAACUCAAGAAAGCGUGGAGUUCUGCAGUUUAAAACCCAUCUGUUGCAUAGGCUGAAUAAGGAUGAAAAAGAGACACAGCGGAGGCUCGCGUCAAAUGAUGCAGAAGAGAUUAAGAGGUUGUAUGAGGAAUAUUGCAGAAAAUAUCUUCUUGAGAACGAUUUACCCAAGAGAAACCCGGGCGAGAUGGCUCGAUACUAUCAGAUUGCAUCCGUCCUAUAUGACAUGAUUGCGACACCUAACUUUGAGGACAGUGAGGACAGAAAGGGCGAGCUCAUGCCAGCCUCCCUCGCGCCUAUCUUUCCUAUUCUCCAAGCGGCCAAAGAGAUAGAGGAGGAGAACCCGCGCGUCGCAUACCUCUGCCGGCUUACUGCUUACAAGAAGGCGCACAAGAUGGAUCCAGACUCAAGAGAGCAUGGAGUUCUGCAGUUUAAAACCCAUCUGCUGCAUAGUCUGAAGAAGGAUAAAAAGGAGACACUGCGCAGGCUUGCGUCAAAUGAUGCAGAAGAGAUUAAGAGGUUCUAUGAGCAGUAUCGUAGAAAAUAUAUUUUUGAGAUUGAUCGUCUCACGAGAAAGUCGGACGAGAUGGCUCGAUACUAUCAGAUUGCAUCUGUCCUAUAUGACAUGACUGUGACACCUAACUUCGAGGAGAGCGAGGACGAAAAAAGCGAGGACGAGGAGAGCGAGGUCGUGCCAGCCUCCCUCGCGCCUAUCAUCCCCAUUCUCCGUGCGGCCAAAGAGGUCGAGAAGGAGAACCCGCGCGUCGCAUACCUGUGCCGGUUUGCUGCAUAUGCGAAGACAAUCAAGAUGGACCGAUACUCAAGUGGGCUUGGAGUUCGAAAGUUUAGAACCGAUCUGUUGCAUAGGCUCGAAAAGGAUGAAAAGGAUACAACUCGCAGGCUUGCAUCAACUGAUGCAAAAGAGAUGUUGAAGUUCUAUGAGCAGUAUUGCACAAAGAAUCUUGGGGGCCUUCACACGAGAAAGCCGGACAAAAUGGGUCGAUACUCUAAAGUUGCAUCCGUUCUACAUGACGUGCUAAAAACGGUGGCACCCGAAAAGCCUGACCACAUGUAUUCUAAAGCGGUUGAAAAGGAGAAAGAUUCAUUUUCACAUUACAACAUGUUACCUCUUAAUAUUCCUGGUCACCCACAACCUGUAAUGGAAAUACCCGAGAUAAAAGCAGCGGUGCACCUUCUUCGCGGGAUAAGGAGUCUUCCAAUGCCUAGGCAAAAUAUGACAAAUGCGCCUGCAGAGAUAGAAGAACCAAUUGUUAGUGACUUGCUUGAUUGGCUCUGGAAAACAUAUGGAUUUCAGAAAUGUAACGUGGAUAAUCAGAAGGAGCAUUUGGUUUUGCUGCUUGCUAACAUGGAUAUGAAAGUAAGUGCUAACAUUGACCAGAGGGAAGGACAAAGUCACAAGAUACAUCGUAACACGAUUGAUACCUUGAUGAAGAAACUUUUUCAAAAUUACAUUUCAUGGUGCAUGUACCUCCAUUUGGAGUCAAACAUCAAAAUUUCACAUGAUUCCUCCACGCAACAACCAGAGCUUCUUUACAUAGGGUUGUAUCUGCUGAUUUGGGGUGAAGCUUCUAAUGUUCGCUUUAUGCCUGAAUGCCUGUGUUAUAUCUUCCACCAUAUGGCAAGAGAUUUGUAUGACAUAAUAUUGAAUGAGAGAGAAGGCUCUUUUGACCCAGUCUUCCAUCGAGAGGGGAGUGAUGAUGCCUUCCUACAGCUAAUUAUCCAACCCAUCUACAAUGUUAUUCAAAAUGAAGCUGCAAUGAGUAAGAAUGGUACUGUCUGCCACUCGAAGUGGAGAAACUAUGAUGACCUGAAUGAAUACUUUUGGUCAAAGAAAUGCUUCAAGCAGCUAGGAUGGCCUAUGGAUUUAGCCUCUGACUUUUUCACGCAUCAUACUAGAAAUAACUUUCUGCGACAUGAACAUUUAGUUAGCAGGCGGAGCAUGUCCAAAACAAAUUUUGCUGAAGUUCGUACAUUUUUUCAUCUCUUCAAAAGUUUUGAUCGAAUGUGGACUUUCUUGAUUUUAGCUUUCCAGGCCAUGGUAAUUAUUGCAUGGAGCCCUUCUGGAUCAGUUUUUGCUAUAUUUGAAUUGGUUGUUUUCAGAAAUGUCAUGACAAUAUUCAUAACAUCAGCAUUUCUAAACUUCCUUCAAGCCACACUUGAAAUAGUUCUUAAUUGGAAGGCUUGGAGGAGCCUACUGUGCUCGCAGAUGAUACGGCAUGUUCUAAAAUUUGUUGUAGCUAUUAGCUGGAUGAUAAUUCUUCCAGUGACGUACUCAACAUCCAUUCAAAAUAAGACAAUCCUGAGGAAGUUCUUCAGAGAUUGGAUUGGAAAUUUCCAGAGUCAAUCUAUUUAUAAUUUUGCAGUUGCUCUUUACAUAUUGCCGAACCUUUUCAGUGCCUUAUUUUUCAUAUUUCAACCAAUUCGAAGGACAUUGGAGGGUUCCAAUUCUCGUACCAUUGAAUUUCUUUUGUGGUGGAUGCAGCCAAAACUAUAUGUCGCGCGAGGCAUGUAUGAGGACACAUGUUCACGUCUUAAGUACACAUCAUUCUGGAUUCUAUUGCUAAUAUCCAAGCUCGCCUUCAGUUAUUAUGUUGAGAUUUCUCCUUUAGUUGAAUCUACCAGGAUAAUUUUGCAUUUGGGUCAAAAGCAAUACAUCUGGCACGAAUUCUUUCCACACUCGCAUCAUAAUUUAGAUGUUGUUUUUACUAUAUGGGCACCAAUUUUCAUGGUAUACCUCAUGGAUACUCAAAUAUGGUAUGCUAUUUUUUCAACAAUAUGUGGGGGAGUAAAUGGUGCCUUCAGCCGCUUGGGCAAGAUCCAAACCCUCGGGAUGUUAAGAUCAAGAUUCAAUGAAAUCUCAAUAGCUUUUGGUAAACAUCUUGUUCCUACACAUGGUAGUCAACCAAAGAGAGAAGGGCAUAAGGAUGACUUGUUUUUUCAUAUUGAUAAGUUCUCAAACAUAUGGAAUGCAUUCAUUAUGUCGUUACGAGAUGAAGACUUAAUAAGCAAUAGGGAGAGAGAUUUAUUGAUUUUUCCAUCAUAUGUUGGUGAUGUUGGGUUUCACCAAUGGAGCAACCACAUCGACAUCAUGAACACGCGUGAUCAAGAACUUUUGGUCAAGGGUGACACUAGCGUUUUUCGGUGGCCUAUUUUCCUUCUUGCUAGCAAGAUACCAAUUGCACUUGAAAAGGCAAGGAGUGUCAAGAAAAGUGAUGAAGAAAUACAGAAGAGGAUAAUGCGGGAUCCAUACACCUAUUAUGCCGUAAUAGAGUGCUACGAGACAUUGUUAGAUAUUCUCUACAGCCUUAUAGCAGAAACACGUGAUAUGAUAGUUGUCGAUCGAAUACGUGAGGCACUUGAAGAGAGCAUACGUUGUCAGUCACUUGUGAGAGAUUUCCGAUUGGAUCAACUUCCUCUACUAACUCCUAAGUUUGAUAAGCUUCUAAUUAUAUUAUUGAAAAUUGAGCAAGAGGAGAAGGACACAACAAUAAAGACACAGAUUGCAAAUCUAUUAAAAGAUACAAUGGAAAUCAUCACACAGGAUAUCAUGAAGAACGGACAAGGUAUUUUGAAGGGAGAGCUAUUUGCAAAUCUAAAUCUGGACUCAAUAAAGGAUGGAGCUUGGAGGGGGAAGUGUGUUAGGCUUCAACAGUUGUUGGCAGCUAAAGAAGCUGCAAUUUGUGUACCAACAAACGUGGAAGCUCGGCGAAGGAUCACUUUCUUUGCAAACUCACUAUUUAUGAAAAUGCCAAGGGCUCCACAAGUCUCUAGCAUGAUGUCCUUCAGUAUUCUCACUACGUACUUCAAAGAGGGGGCGCACUUUUCAAGAGAAGAUCUCCAUAUAAAAAAUGAGGAUGGGAUAUCUAUCCUGUUUUAUUUACGGAAAAUAUAUCUAGAUGAAUGGAAUAAUUUUCUUGAGCGCAUAAAAUUUGUUCCGAAGGAUGAGGAGUCCCUUGAAUCAAGGAUGGAUGAUAUCUCACUUUGGGCAUCUUAUAGGGGACAAACGCUCACCAGAACUGUGAGAGGAAUGAUGUACUACAGGAGGGCACUUGAAUUACAAUGUAUUCAUGAUAAAAUGGAUAUUGCUAAAUUGGACCUGCAAAGAACAACAUCAUCACAUCAAGAGGGGGGAUCCAAUAUUGUAGAUAUGGCAAUGGCCAUUACUGAUAUCAAAUUCACCUAUGUUGUCUCCUGUCAAGUCUAUGGAAUGCAAAAAGUAUCCAAGGAUCCCAGAGAUAAAGCUCACUAUCUGAACAUCCUUAACCUCAUGAUAAUGUACCCGUCAUUACGUGUUGCUUAUAUUGAUGAGGUAGAAGCUCCGACAAGAAAUGGAAUGACAGAGAAAACCUAUUAUUCUGUUCUCGUCAAAGGAGUGGGUGACAAAUAUGACGAGGAAAUUUACCGCAUCAAGCUUCCUGGCAAACCCACCCAUAUUGGAGAGGGAAAACCAGAAAAUCAAAAUCAUGCCCUAAUUUUCACCAGGGGAGAAGCAAUCCAGGCCACUAAUAUGAAUCAGGAUAAUUACCUCGAGGAGGCAUUUAAAAUGAGAAAUCUGUUGGAGGAGUUCAAGAGUACCAAAUAUGGAAAUAGAAAACCCACUAUAUUGGGUCUUCGGGAACAUCUUUUUACUGGAAGUGUUUCAUCACUAUCUAGGUUUGUAUCAAAUCAAGAGACCAGCUUUGCUACGAUUGGACAGCGAGUUCUGGCCAAUCCUCUCAAAGUUCGCUUCGAUUACGGACAUCCUGAUGUUUUUGAUAGACUCUUCCAUAUUACUAGGGGUGGCAUAAGUAAAGCUUCGAAGACUAUAAAUUUAAGCGAAUAUAUCUUUUCAGGUUUUAAUUCAAUAAUGAGAGACGGAAAUAUAACAUAUCAUGAGUACAUGCAAGUUGGUAAAGGACGUGAUGUGGGAAUGAACCAAAUUUCAAGCUUCGAAGCUAAGGUUGCUCAUGGCAAUGGUGAACAAACCUUGAGUCGUGACAUCUAUCGUCUCGGACGCAGAUUUGACUUCUAUAGAAUGCUAUCUAUCUACUUCACUACAGUUGGGUUCUAUUUCAGUAGCAUGGUUACUAUACUUACGGUCUAUAUCUUUUUGUAUGGGAGGUUAUAUCUCGUCAUGAGUGGUUUGGAAAAGUCAAUUUUGCUGGAUCCACGUAUUCUGGAGAACAUCAAGCCUCUCGAAAAUGCAAUGUGUUUAGAAUCUGUUUUCCAGCUUGGUUUGUUGCUUGUCCUUCCUAUGGUAACGGAAAUCGGCUUAGAGAAGGGAUUCCGCAAAGCGUUAGGAGAGUUUGUUAUCAUGCAGCUUCAGUUGGCACCUGUAUUCUUCACGUUCCAACUUGGCACCAAAACCCACUACUAUGGGAGAACAAUCCUCCACAAUUGCUCGCAAAACAGACCGACAGGUCGUGGAUUCGUUGUGUCCCAUGCAAAGUUCGCUGACAAUUAUCGCAUGUACUCCCGCAGUCACUUUGUAAAAGGAUUUGAACUGCUGAUACUUCUGGUUGUCUAUGUAGCUUAUGGAAGUUCCUAUCGCAGCUCGAAGUUGAACCUAUUUGUCACUUUCUCGAUAUGGUUCCUGGUUGGAUCUUGGCUCUUUGCACCAUUUAUUUUCAAUCCAUCAUGUUUUGACUGGCACAAGACAGUUGAUGACUGGACAGAUUGGAGGAACUGGAUGGGGAACCGAGGGGGUAUUGGCAUGGCUGUCGAACAAAGCUGGGAAGCUUGGUGGAUAGGUGAGCAGGAGCACCUAAGGAAAACUAGCAUCCGUGCUCUUCUCUUUGAACUCAUCCUUUCGCUUCGUUUCUUGAUCUACCAAUAUGGUAUUGUGUAUCAUCUAAACAUUGCACACAGCAGCAGAGGCAUUCUGGUCUAUGCAUUGUCAUGGCUGGUUAUGCUCACGGUCCUAGUAGUUUUAAAGGUGCUUUCAAUAGGACGGCAGAAAUUUAGGAACAACCUGCAGUUUAUGUCCCACAUCCUUAAGGGCCUUCUAUUCCUUGGCUUUCUCUCCGUGAUGGUGGUCCUAUUUGUUAUAUACCAACUCACAAUUUCUGAUGUCUUCGCUAGCAUUCUUGGGUUCGUGCCUACUGGUUGGUGGAUCCUUCUGAUUGGGCAAGCAUGCUCUCCAUUGGUUAAGAAGAUUAUGCUGUGGGACUCCAUCAUGGAGCUUGGCAGGGCAUACGAGAACAUCAUGGGUCUCAUUCUGUUCCUUCCCAUCGGCUUCUUGUCGUGGUUUCCCUUUGUCUCGGAGUUCCAGACACGGUUUCUCUUCAACCAAGCCUUCAGCAGGGGCCUCCAGAUCUCAAGAAUCCUUGCCGGCCAGAAGGACAUUGGGGAGUUCGAUUGACCAGUUUCAUUUUCCUUCCCUGUGAGCAUAUAUUCGGGCAUAUGUUCCUUGAUAGUAGCUUAUAACUUCUCCACGAUGUGAUCAACCCUGAAAAAUCUAUUUGAUUCGUAGUAAAUGAAACAAAUAUUUUAUUUCGAGAAUGCCAGAAGCAAAUACUGGCAUCAUAGGAGACUAACACCGACUCGUUGGUAUGUAAUGGAGGCUCCCAUACUAAUUGUAAGGCUUUCUUGUCCUCCAAUGUAUCACUAGUGUAGAAAAGACUAGCUAUGGCGUGUCAAAAUGGGCCUUGCUGACGUGGACACAUGACGACACCAAUAUGACACCAUUGUAAAAAAAAAUAGUGUCGGCAUUGG